UAAAGCCCUUCCCAUCUCCGAAAGUCUUCGCUCGUAGUCACGCCCACCGGCCCAUUAAGUUCCCUCCACCAAGUCAGAAAAAGGAGGAGGAAGAACAGAUCUGAAUUGCAGUCCUGUUGGACCGGAAUUGCAAGCGUUCGACACCUCUUCACGGUGCCGAGGGCUGAAUCUACGAGUAUUAGCAGCGUGAUUCAACUUUACAACAAGAGUUUCGUGAGAGAGAUAGAAAGAGAGAAGGAAUCAAUCUCGAAUUCUUUCAGAUUUUUGGAAGAGGCCUCAGCAUUGGAGUUGGGGUAUUCGGAGAUCCAAAAGAAUGGAAAGCAAUUUUAGGAAGGGGAGCUUUGGGGGGAGCCUGCGGGGAAGCAUGCGCCGCACCGUCUCCUCGUGGCGGGCAACCUCCUCGGCAAGUGAUAUCUUCGGCCGGUCCGGAAGGGAAGAAGACGACGAGGAGGCCCUGAAAUGGGCCGCCAUAGAGAAGCUGCCCACCUAUGACCGUAUGAGGAAAGGCAUACUCGCGGCGGCAGAGGGCGGAGAGAUCCAGGAAGUAGACAUCCACGAGCUGGGCUUCCAGGAGAGGAAGAAUUUGUUGGAGAGAUUGGUGAGGACCGCAGAGGAAGAUAAUGAGAGGUUCCUGCUCAAGCUAAGGAAUCGAAUGGAACGUGUUGGAAUCGAUAAUCCGACAAUCGAACUCCGGUUUGAGCAUCUUAAUAUUGAUGCAGAAGCCUACGUUGGAAAUCGGGGUGUUCCUACUUUCACCAACUUCUUCUAUAAUAAGAUAAUGGAUGUUCUAAGUUACCUUCAUAUCGUUCCAACUGGAAAAAAACCAAUUUCAAUUCUUCAUGACAUUAGUGGAAUCAUCAGGCCUUGCAGAAUGACUCUGCUUCUAGGUCCUCCAGGCUCUGGAAAAACUACUUUGCUCUUAGCUCUGGCAGGAAAACUUGAUUCAACUCUAAAGGUAUCUGGAAGAGUGACUUACAAUGGUCAUGACAUGGAUGAAUUUGUUCCUCAGAGGACCUCUGCAUAUAUUGGUCAGCAUGAUAUUCACAUUGGGGAGAUGACAGUGAGAGAGACCUUGAAUUUUUCUGCAAGAUGCCAAGGAGUUGGAACACGUUAUGAUAUGUUGACGGAGCUAUCAAGAAGAGAAAAAGAAGCAAACAUCAAGCCAGAUCCCGAUAUCGAUGUGUACAUGAAGGCUAUUUCUGUGGAAGGUCAGGAGAGUGUGGUUACAGAUUAUAUUCUGAAAAUUUUGGGACUGGAAAUCUGUGCUGACACUAUGGUAGGAGAUGCAAUGAUAAGAGGCAUCUCUGGAGGACAAAAGAAGCGUGUUACAACAGGUGAGAUGCUUGUUGGACCGGCUAAGGCACUAUUCAUGGAUGAGAUAUCUACCGGUCUCGACAGCUCCACAACUUACCAGAUUGUCAACUCCCUCAGACAAUCAGUCCACAUCCUCGGUGGGACUGCAUUCAUUGCGUUGCUUCAGCCAGCUCCAGAGACAUACGACCUAUUUGAUGACAUUGUUCUCCUCUCAGAAGGGCAAAUUGUGUAUCAGGGUCCUAGGGAAAAUAUCCUUGAAUUCUUUGAAUCAGUUGGUUUCAAAUGUCCUGAAAGGAAAGGUGUGGCCGACUUCUUGCAAGAAGUCACAUCGAGGAAGGAUCAGCACCAGUAUUGGGCGCGGAAAGAUGAGCCAUACAGGUAUAUUUCUGUCAACGAGUUUUCAGAAGCCUUCCAGUCAUUCCACAUUGGCCGCAAACUAGGAGAGGAGCUCGGUGCCCCAUUCGAUAGGAGCAGAAACCAUCCCGCCGCAUUGACAACUUCAAAGUAUGGCAUUAGCAAGAUGGAGCUGUUGAAAGCUUGCAUGUCACGGGAGUGGUUGCUAAUGAAGAGGAAUUCAUUUGUUUACAUUUUCAAAGUGGUCCAGCUGAUAAUUCUUGGGACCAUCGGAAUGACGGUCUUCCUGCGAACAAAAAUGCACCGUAAAUCUGUGGAAGAUGGAGCGAUCUUCUUGGGUGCCAUGUUUCUUGGGCUAGUCACUCAUCUGUUUAAUGGGUUUGCAGAACUCGCAAUGAGUAUUGCCAAGCUCCCUAUAUUCUACAAGCAAAGAGACCUCCUCUUCUAUCCAUCAUGGGCAUACGCAUUGCCAACAUGGAUCCUCAAGAUACCCAUAUCAUUUCUGGAGUGUGCUGUCUGGAUAGGCAUGACUUAUUAUGUCAUUGGCUUUGACCCAAAUAUACAAAGGUUUUUCCGGCAGUACUUACUGCUAGUAUUAAUUAGUCAGAUGGCAUCUGGACUUUUUCGACUCCUUGCUGCACUUGGGAGGGAGAUGGUUGUUGCCGAUACAUUUGGAUCCUUUGCACAGCUUGUUCUUUUGAUUCUUGGCGGAUUCCUCAUAUCACGGGAUGAUAUCAAGAAAUGGUGGAUCUGGGGUUACUGGUCGUCUCCUCUGAUGUAUGCACAAAAUGCAAUUGCAGUGAAUGAGUUCCUUGGACAUAGUUGGCAAAAGCAUGUGAAUGGGAGCAAUGUCCCAUUGGGAGUUCUAGUCUUGGAGGGUCGUGGGAUUUUUGUUGAUGCAAACUGGUACUGGAUUGGUGUUGGUGCAUUGCUUGGAUAUAUAUUCUUGUUCAAUAUCCUCUUUGUUUUCUUCCUUGAUUGGCUUGACCCACUCGGUAAAGGUCAGACAGUAAUAUCUGAAGCGGAGCUGAAAGAAAAACAUGCAAACAGAACGGGAGAAAGCAUUGAACUUUUGCCUGCAGGAACUGACUCCUCCAAGCCCACAGCAUCACAAGGUCAGUCUCAGUCUAUUUUUGAUUUUAAGUCAAUCUAUUCACUCCUGGAGCCCAGACAUCUAAAACAAAUUAAAACAAAUGCAGAGAGAAACAGUGAUAUUACGAGGGCUCCACAGAAUGGAGAGAGCAGGAAAAAGGGAAUGGUUCUUCCUUUUACUCCUCUUUCACUCACCUUUGAUGACAUCAGAUACUCUGUCGACAUGCCACAGGAAAUGAAAGACAGAGGUGUCACGGAGGAUAGGUUAAUGUUGCUGAAGGGUGUGAGCGGAGCUUUCAGGCCCGGAGUCCUUACAGCGCUGAUGGGUGUGAGUGGGGCGGGUAAGACAACUCUCAUGGACGUACUGGCGGGUAGAAAAACUGGAGGUUGUAUAGAAGGAAACGUAUCCAUAUCUGGCUAUCCCAAGAAACAAGAAACAUUUGCACGGAUAUCAGGCUACUGUGAACAAAAUGACAUCCACUCUCCUCAUGUCACUGUUUACGAAUCUCUUCUCUUCUCGGCAUGGCUUCGCUUGCCUCCUGAAGUUGACUCCAACACUAGGAAGAUGUUUGUCGAGGAGGUCAUGGAACUUGUAGAGCUGACGUCACUAAGAGGAGCAUUGGUAGGAUUGCCUGGCGUGAAUGGCCUAUCAACCGAACAGCGGAAGAGGCUUACAAUUGCCGUUGAGCUGGUUGCCAACCCCUCUAUCAUAUUUAUGGAUGAGCCAACCUCUGGCUUGGAUGCAAGGGCAGCAGCAAUUGUGAUGAGGACAGUCAGAAACACCGUGGACACAGGAAGGACUGUCGUGUGCACAAUUCACCAGCCCAGCAUUGACAUCUUUGAAUCUUUUGAUGAGCUCUUCCUUAUGAAAAGAGGUGGAGAAGAGAUAUAUGUUGGGCCCCUGGGACGAAAUUCAUGCCAUUUGAUCAAGUACUUUGAGGAGAUUGAAGGGAUCAGAAGAAUAAAAGAUGGUUAUAACCCUGCAACAUGGAUGUUGGAGGUGACCACCCAGGCACAAGAAGAAAUUUUAGGGGUGAACUUUGCCGAAAUAUACAAAAAUUCUGAUCUAUACAGGAGAAACAAAGCAUUGAUCAGCGAACUAAGUACUCCUCCCCCUGGCUCAAAAGACCUCUUUUUCCCAACCAAGUACUCACAGCCCUUCCUUACACAAUGCAUGGCUUGCUUAUGGAAGCAACAUAAAUCUUACUGGCGCAAUCCAUCAUAUACUGCCACAAGAAUUUUCUUCACCACCGUCAUUGCCUUCAUAUUUGGCACAAUCUUCUGGAGACUUGGGAAAAAAGUUACCAAACGACAAGAUCUGUUCAACUCCCUGGGCUCCAUGUAUGCUGCAGUUUUGUUCAUUGGAAUACAGAACGGCCAAACUGUGCAACCAAUAGUCGAUGUUGAGCGAACAGUUUUCUACAGAGAAAAAGCUGCUGGAAUGUAUUCUGCUCUACCGUACGCAUAUGCGCAGGUCCUAAUUGAGAUUCCACACAUCUUCCUUCAGACAGUUAUAUAUGGACUAAUCGUGUAUAGCUUGAUUGGUUUUGAUUGGACACUUCAAAAGUUCUUUUGGUAUCUGUUCUUCAUGUUCUUCACUUUCAUGUACUUCACAUUCUAUGGAAUGAUGGCAGUUGCCAUGACACCUAACAGUGAUAUUGCUGCCAUAGUCUCCACUGCCUUCUAUGCCAUAUGGAAUAUUUUUGCAGGCUACCUAAUUCCUCGACCUAGGAUUCCUGUGUGGUGGAGAUGGUAUUCCUGGGCAUGCCCGGUGGCUUGGACCUUGUAUGGCCUAGUUGCCUCACAGUUUGGAGAUUAUAAACAUAACUUGGAAAAUGGUUCCAAAGUGCAAGACUACAUCGAGACGUAUUUUGGAUUCCGGCAUGACUUCUUGGGUGUAGUAGCUGCUGCAGUAGUUGGGUUUACUUUACUCUUUGCUUUUGUCUUUGCCUUUUCAAUUAAGGUGUUCAACUUCCAGAGAAGAUGAGAAGAGUCUUGGAGACCACUUAUGCGUGUUUUACUUCCCAAGCUGCUAAUCGAUGUGUAUACAAUGAAAACGAUGUAUCUAAUUGAUAUUUUUUUAUUUUCAUGACAA